AUUGAAGUCAGACAUAAUGAGACAUGCUGCGUCUUCUGAUCAUUUUAAGUUUGCUUAGAGGAGCUUAUCUUGCAGAAAUUAUAGCACGAGGAGACACUGGUGUUGAGUUUGGUCAGGAUGCUUCAUUCUCUUGUACGCUGCCAGACGCAUCUGCUGUCAAACAAGUCACGUGGCAGCGGGUGCGUGACCAGGAACCGGUACAAACUCUGGCUACAUACAGCGCGCUCUUCAACGAUUAUGUGGAUGAUCAGUAUGUCGGAAAGGUCAUUUUCACCACGGCAUCAGUUAAUUCUUCAUCCAUUGAGAUCAAAAACACAACAUUUGAUGACGAGGCUUGCUACAUUUGUUCCUUCAAAGUGUACCCAUUCCAACCUAAACGACAAACCUUGUGCCUCACUGUUAAAGGUAUUUCAGAAAUAACAGCAUCAGUGAACCCUGCACUCAGUUCUGAUCCAGAUGUUGUAGUCUCAUGUUCAGCUACUGGUAAACCAACUCCAACUAUACACUGGAAAUCUGCAGAGAAAGAGCUGGACAACUUUUCAAGUAAUUUUACAACUCUGAAUAAAGACAGCUCAACCACCGUUACAAGCAACCUCACGCUUCCACUCUCACAGUUUCAUGGGCUGUAUGUGGAAUGUGUUGCUAAGAGUGACAGCAUGGAGAAGAGCAUCCGAAUCAAUGUGUCUGAAGUAGAAAAUAAAGAGAAUAAAGUCACAUUAAGAAAUUAUAUCAUUCCCAUACUGGUUGUGGUUAUCAUGAGUAUUGCCAUUAUUGCUGCCUAUCUUCACUCAAAGUUAAAUGAUAAAGUUCAAGAAUAUGCUUGUCUGGUUUGAACUUCUGCGCAGCUGCUACUUUAUUCAUAAUUUACUAAUCUUUCUGAUGCAUUUUUUUUUUCAUCUGCUAAAAAAAAUCACUUCCUGUUUACAUUCGUGAAUAAGCACAUUUUUUAUAUAAUGGUAUAAAUAAUACCUGUUCACCUGAGAAAGUCUGUAUUUUUCACAGUUUCUUCAUCCUGCAUCUGCAUUUUAAGUUCUUUCUUGUAACAUUCUGUAUUCUUUAUUGUUGUGAGAUUUGUCUUUAGGAUUUUAAAUAGGUCUGUUAACGGCAGCUCUCUGAGUAAUUUGCUCAGCUUUAAUCAGUAAAAUGCUAUAAGCUUUAAGCUGUUUGGUAUAUAUUUUGUUUGUACCAAUUCAGAAUAAGUAUAUCAAAUAGAAUAGAUUUGUUUGUUUUUGUGGAUUUAUUGUUCAUUUUAAACACACGCGCACACACA